UUUAAUUACUUUUAGAAAAAAUAAAAUUUCAUUAUCUAGGAUGGUGAAGAAAUUUGAAGAUAAUUUUUGGGAUCUGGAUUUUAAUGGCACCUUAGGAUAUGAUAUGUUGUUGCUACGCUUAAAAGAAGGAAAGAAAUUUUGUGACAGCUUUACUGAUUUUCUUAGAAACAGAUCUAAACUUGAAGAUGAUUAUGGAAAAAAUUUAAUAAAACUCUCUCAGUCUGGUGCAAACAUAGAUGAAUCUGGUUCAUUAAAAGCAUCAUGGGAUAGCAUUAGAAAAGGGACAGAAUAUGUUGGAAAUAUUCAUUGUGAACUAGCGAAAAAAUUGAAUGAUUUAUUGGAUAGAACUUCUAAGUUCCGCGAAAAGUAUAAAAAUGAACAGCUUAAGGUUGAUGAUAAAAUGAAAAAAUCUCAGAAAGAAAAAAAAGUUGCAUAUGAAAAUUUGAAUAAGGCUAAAAAAGUUUAUGAACAGCGAUGUAGAGAAACAGACCAGUGUCAAGAAUUGUAUGAUUCAAAAUCUUCUUUUACACAAAAGGAAGAAGAGCGGCUGAAAAGAAGUUUAUCAAAGUCAAAAACAUAUGCUGAAAACUCAGACUCAGUUUAUCAAAGCAGCGUAAAGAUUCUUGAAGAUUGUCAUAAAAAAUGGGCGUCUGAUAUGGAAGAAGCAUGUCAGGUUUUUCAAAAUUUGGAAGAAGAACGAAUUCAAUUUCUUCGAAAUGAAUUUUGGAUUUACACAAAUUUAGGAUCCACUCAAGCUGUUGAUAUUGAUGAAAAAUAUGAAGACUGUCGUAAAGUGAUUGAAAAAUGUGACCAUAACUAUGAUAUUGAUCUUUUUAUAUCACAGAAAAGAACUGGUUCUGAGAGACCAGCUUUCAUAACAUAUGAAAAUUUUUAUUUCAAUACCAAAAGUUCACUUGGGCGAUCUCAAUUCAAAAUUAAUGAGAGUUCUAUAGAUGAAGGUGAUUAUACAACAAUUGGUCAAGUUCGCAGUGUUUCAUCAUCAACUCUCUCAAACUUUGCAAAAGUUUUAUACGCCUAUGAUGCUCAGAGUAACCAAGAGUUAUCUCUUGCCGUUGGUGAUGUCAUAGAGAUUCUUAAAAUUGAAGAUGACCAAUGGGGCAUAGGUAUUUUAAAUGGGCGAAGAGGUGCUUUUCCACUUAACUUUGUACGGAGAUGAAAAAGUUAUUUAGAUAAUUUACAAAUUAUAUUUUUACUUUAUAUAAAUUUUUUUAUCGGUAAAAUGAGUAUACAUACAUACAUGCAUACGCAUAUACAUAAAUGCACACAUAUAUGUGUGUAUUUAUGAAUAUAAGGUUUCAUAAAUUAACGCGUUUAAUAAAUUAGAUAUCGAAUUUAUUUUUAAAUAAUUAUUUUGACCUCCUCGUGUGUUCUUUUUUUACACUUACCUUUAACUGGAUUUAAAAACUUAAAUUACAAAAAUUGUUCUAAGUUGCCGAUGGUACAUAAAUAUUUGAGAAUCUUUAGUAUAUCACGGUGCUAUAAUAUUUUCUAAAAAAUUGUUUCCUUAGAAUUAAAUUUUAAUGGAAUUUUCAAAAAUAUUUAUAUAAAAAUUUGAAGUAAUCGUUUUGUUUUUCACUACUUUUUUUAAAACGCUAAAUAAGCAAAUAUGUUUUUUAAAGGUUUUUUGUUUCUUGUUUCAAUAUAUUUUUAAUGUGAAAAUUGUGUAAAAAUUUUUACGAGCUGAUAUUUUUACUUCCUGAUAUUUGAAAUCCAGUUUGUCAUUCAAUAAAUUUAAGAGUUUGUUUUGAACUAUAAAAUUAACUUAACAUGAAAUCUGUUUUUAAAGGUUUUGAGAUAAUUUCAAUUAAAAUGACUUUUUAAAUUUUAAAUAAUUUUGCUCUUUUUGAGAUCCUAAAUAAUUUACUUCUGAAGAAAUUUUUUUGUGAUAAUAUUAUGGCCGAUGGUGCAGUUCCUCAAAGUAUUUUUGAAAUGUCAUUUUGUUAUGAAGAACACUUAAAAGAUGUCAAAUAAAAGAGUUAUUUUUUGAACAACCCUUAUAACGUACCCAGAUUUAUAUGGCUGUCUUAUAAAGGCCUACCUUUUGUUGGUUAACCUUUAAAAUAGACACACGUUGUCAAUGAAAAAUAUAAAAAUAUAUUGUUGUAUUAUAUUUUGCAGAGUAUAAAAAAUUGGUUAAAUGGAGAAAAUUUUGUUUAGAAAUUUUUAUUGUAAACAAUCGUAAUUUUGAAAUUGUAUUUUAUGUUGUAAAGUUUAUAAUACCAACUUCAUGGUAAACUGAUUUUUAUGUCUAAAUUUUAAUGUAAAGAUGUCAAAUAGGAUAAUUUCUAAUAAUAAAUUGAAAAAUUA